GAUCAAGAACGUGUUUUUCUAAGCCAAACACAAACAAUGUGGAAAAAGGACAUGGGAAGAAGCCAAUCCGAAGUGGAUCUUUUGCAAGCAAAAAUUAUGGAGGUAAAGGCUUGCAUACAGGGGUAUGAGGAAGACACGGUAAAGGAGUUGGAGGUUCUUUGGCGGAGAGUCAAAACUACAGCAACAUUGUUGACUUUCUUGAAAUCGAAGGCAAGAAUCAUGGCUGUUACUCAUUUAGCCCAUACAUCAUGUGACAUUAAACAAAUAGAUGGGGUGGGGCUUGUUGACAAAAAUGGCUUACCGUUAUCUGGUUCAUCUAGGAACAUAGAUCUUUCUUCCUUUGACUGUCCAGAUGGGGAAACAUGGAUUGGGAUUAGCAAGCAGCAUGGUUCUCUUGAUGAACCAGAUGGAGCUUAUAUUGGUGAAGUACUAAAGAAUGUGCAGAUGGUUACUGAUGUAAUGGAAACUCUUGUCAAGAGGGUUAUAAUGGCAGAAUCUGAAACAGCUAUGGAGAAAGAGAAGGUAACAUUGGGACAGGAAGAGAUAAAAAAGAAGGCACUUCAAAUUGAGAGCAUGUCUACGAAGUUGGAGGAAAUGGAAAGGUUUGCACUGGGCACAAAUCGUAUUUUGAAUGAGAUGCGACAGAGGGUUGAAGAUUUGGUUGAAGAAACAUCUAGACAGAGGCAACGAGCAGCAGAAAAUGAACAGGAGCUUUGUAGUGUGAAGCAAGAUUUUGAAUCGCUGAAAUCUUAUGUUAGUAGCCUUAUCAAUGUGAGAGAAACACUUCUGUCAUCAGAAAAGCAGUUUCAAACAAUUGAGAGGCUUUUUGAACGGUUAGUUGAGAAAACAACGCAGUUGGAGAGUGAGAAAAUGCAGAAAGAAACUGAAGUCCAGAAACUCAUGGAAGAGAAUGUGAGGUUGACCACUCUACUUGACAAAAAAGAGGCCCAGCUUUUGGCCAUGAAUGAACAAUGCAAGGUGAUGGCCUUGAGUGCUUCGAAUAUUUAGUUCGGUACAGUUUUGAUUCCACAUUGCCUUAAUUUGUUUUGCUUGGCUCACCUACUGGCCAUUCUUCUGAGUUGAUGAAUAAUAUUGGGCUGGAAAAGCUGCCUGGUGGGUUCUUUCUUGAAAUGUACCAUAGGUUUUCUUGUAUCAUUUUUUGGUUAUUAGAUGUUGCAUUGUUGCUGUAAAAUUCUACCCUUGAUAAACAACUUUUUAUUUUGUUUUACAUGUCUAUAAAAUCAUCUCUCCCCCUUUCCAUUGA